GGCCUUGGCGGGACUUGCCCGGGCAUGUGCGCGCGGCGGCUUCCGGGCCGGACACGUGUGAGCGGCGGGAGCGGAAUGCCACCCGGCAAAGGGCAGAUGACACCGCUGCUGCCCGCCCCGAAGGUGUUUGUGCCCACCCUAUACGGCACCCAUGACCCCAGUGCGGGGGGCCACGCUCAGGCCCCGAAGGGUCCCAGCUCUCCUCAAGGUCGCAGCAAGAAGAAGAGCCGUAAACACCAGCGGUUCAUGGAGCGCCGGGCGCUGCUGGAGCAGAAGGGGCUGCUGAGCCCCCGUGGGUGCCCRGGCGGUCAGAGCCCCGAGGCACACACCACACUCGCCAAGGCCAGUGGCACCACUGGCCACAAGGUCCCCGUGCCCAAACGGACCGUCUCCACAUCCCUGUCUCCAAAUGCCUCUCCGGACAGCAUAGCCAGGCACCACUCCGUGCUGCUGUCCCAGGGCAGUGCCAGCUCCAAGAAGGUGCGGACGUCCUCUCUGGUGCUGCGCCCGGGCAAGUACGUGGCCAUCGACUGUGAGAUGGUGGGCACGGGUCCUCAGGGCAGGCUGAGCGAGCUGGCACGGUGCUCCGUGGUGAACUACGAGGGGGAUGUCAUCUAUGACAAGUAUGUCCAGCCCGAGCUCCCCGUCGUGGACUACCGGACGCGCUGGAGCGGCAUCACCAAGCAGCACAUGAAGAAUGCAAUUCCCUUCAAGGCUGCCCAGGCAGAGAUCCUGAAGAUCUUGAAAGACAAGAUUGUGGUAGGACACGCCAUCCACAACGACUUCCAGGCCCUGAAGUACUUCCACCCCAAAGACAGGACUCGAGACACCAGCCAGAUCCCUGCGCUGAAGAAGAGAGCAGGGCUGCCCAUCAGGGCCAAUGUCUCCCUCAAGAACUUGGCCAGGCACCUGCUCCAUAAAAAGAUCCAGGUUGGCUGCAAAGGACACUCAUCAGUGGAGGACGCUCAGACAGCCAUGGAGCUGUACAGGCUGGUGGAGGUGCAGUGGGAGAAGAAGCUGGCCCACAGCCUGCCCCCCCGGCCCCCCAGCCCCGUCACAGACCCCUCUGCAGACAGCAGCCACUACCUGGAUGACCAGUACUGGCCCACAGACCUGAUGGCRAGUGGCCUGUGAUGGGGACAGCGUCUCCUCUACGUGUGUCAGGCCAUCCUGGUGCCUUCAGCUGUUAAAGGUGGAGGUGAUUGCUGACCUCCUUCCCUGGGGCUUGUGCCCGGUACCCAGCCCUACUCAGGGAUGGAGAUAUGGUGACACCUGGACACCAGCAAUCUCCCARAAACGCUGUCUGCAGCCUCGAGCUGUGGCACAGAGAAAAGGGCUGUGACUGCUGUGUUCAUCUGUCACUUGGGGAUGAGCAGGGUCCCGUGUCAGCCUGGAGGAGCCCCUGUGGGCAUGCAGUGGGGCUGCCACAACACCCUCCAUGCCUUCCAUGGGGCUGUCCUUCUCCCAGACAGCAAGGGGCACGUUUUCCUGUGGAGGGACUGAGGUGUUUUGCUGAUUCCCAAAGGCUGCAAACCUUCUGGGGCCAGUAAACAACCAGUUUGCUCYUCACUGAUAGAAUCACAGAAUGUGCUGAGUUGGAAGGGAUCCAUCAGGAUCAUUGAGUCCAACUCCUGGCCYUGCACAGGACACCCYRAGAACCCCACCAUGUGCCUGAGAGCUUUGUCCAAAYGCACCUUGAACUCAGUCUUGGUGCUGUCAUCUCCUCCUGGAGAGCCUGUUCGAGUGCUCAGCUCCAGCUGUGCACUGAACAUUUUAUCCAGAAGGAAUCUGAGGGAUGGUACCAAAAGCUUUGCUCAAGUCCAAAAGGAUUGCAUCACCUGGAGUCCCUUGAUCAGCCAGGUGGRUGCCCUGCUGUAGAAGGAAAUCAGRUUCAACAGGGAGGACUUUGCCCUCACAAAGCCAUGACUGCAUUGUUCCCCAGGUGUUUUUCAAUACCUCUCAGAAUUUUUUUUUUUUCCAUGAUUUUACCUGUCAGUGAAGUGAGACUGGCAGGCUGUCGUUUCCAGGAUCCUCCUUGCCCUUCUUGAAAAUUGGGGCAAUAUUUGCCAGCUUCCACUCAGCUGGGAUCUCUGGAUUCYCAAGACUGCUUAAAAAYUGUUGAGCAUGUGACAUCAGCAGCUUUUUGAGGGUUCUUGGGUGAAUCCCAUCAGACCCCAUASAUUUAUAGGGAUACAACUGCACAMUGAAGUCCAAGAAGAARGUCUGGGUCUAAUCAAUGUCCAGCCUGGACAAGAGCGUAGAAUGCACUUCGUUUCAAAUAAAUUAUUCACAUAAUUGUCCAGUWCUGAAUUAAAAACUGUU